GAUUACUUUGAAGGGACUAGAAGGGGAACACAGGGUCCUGGAUGGAAGGGAGCUGGCAAGUUACAGAGCAGAAAGACUUUGCACCUCUGCCUCCAGGGAGCUCACAGGCAGGGGCUGGUCCAGCCCGGAGGCGAUGAAGACAGUGACGAUGAUGAUGGUGGUGGAGAUGCAGGUGCUGACUCAGGUUCUGAGAGCUGUGUUGUCUGCGUGCACAUGGGUGAGCCGGAAAGGAGACCUGCAGAGAAUGAAACAGACACAGAAAGGAAAGCCUCCCAGCAGCAUGGCUUUCACCGGCAAGUUCGAGAUGGAGAGUGAGAAGAAUUAUGAUGAGUUCAUGAAGCUCCUUGGGAUCUCCAGCGAUAUAAUCGAAAAGGCCCGCAACUUCAAGAUCGUCACGGAGGUGCAGCAGGAUGGGCAGGACUUCACUUGGUCCCAGCACUACUCCGGGGGCCACACCAUGACCAACAAGUUCACUGUUGGCAAGGAAAGCAACAUACAGACAAUGGGGGGCAAGACGUUCAAGGCCACCGUGCAGAUGGAGGGCGGGAAGCUGGUGGUGAAUUUCCCCAACUAUCACCAGACCUCAGAGAUCGUGGGUGACAAGCUGGUGGAGGUCUCCACCAUUGGAGGCGUGACCUAUGAGCGCGUGAGCAAGAGACUGGCCUAAGCAGCCAGGCCUGGCCCAGGGAGCUACAAACCCACCAAUAAAACUGAUAUAAGGACA